CUAUUGGUUAGCAGGUCUGUAGGUCAAGGGUGUCCCCGCCCACCACCGCUCUGGAUUGGCCGGAGUCGGCCAUUAGCUGCUCUUUGUUGGUCAGGAGCGGUUUUUAGGUCUGGAGCCGGUGUUAGUUGCAGCCAAGGAUCAGCGGCCUUUCAAGAUCAUCGGGAGCGAUCUUUCUCGAGCGGAGUGGGGAUGAGCGGCGGUGUGUACGGAGGAGACGAGGUCGGUGCCCUUGUGUUUGACAUUGGGUCGUACACAGUGAGAGCUGGCUAUGCUGGAGAAGAUUGUCCAAAGGCAGACUUUCCAACAGCGAUUGGUAUGCUGUUGGAGAGGGAUGAUGGGAGCACACCUAUGGAAAUAGAAGGAGACAAAGGAAAGUCAAGUGGCACGACUUAUUUCAUUGAUACAAAUUCUUUGCGAGUUCCCAGAGAAAAUAUGGAAGUUAUAUCUCCUUUGAAAAAUGGAAUGAUUGAAGACUGGGACAGUUUUCAAGCAAUUCUGGAUCACACAUAUAAGAAUCACAUAAAGUCUGAAGCUGGUCUGCAUCCUGUUUUGAUGUCGGAGGCUCCAUGGAAUACGCGGGCGAAGAGGGAGAGGCUUACUGAGUUGAUGUUUGAACAUUAUAAUAUCCCAGCCUUUUUCCUCUGUAAAACAGCUGUGCUCACAGCAUUUGCAAAUGGCCGCUCUACUGGCUUAGUGUUAGAUAGUGGAGCCACACACACCACAGCUAUUCCAGUACAUGAUGGAUAUGUUCUUCAGCAAAGCAUUGUUAAGUCACCACUUGCAGGAGACUUCAUCUCCAUGCAAUGCAGGGAGCUGUUUCAGGAACUGAAUGUGGAAAUAAUCCCACCAUACAUGAUUGCUUCAAAGGAAUCGGUGCGUGAGGGAUCGCCUCCUAAUUGGAAAAAGAAAGAGAAACUACCUCAGGUCACGCGGUCCUGGCACAACUACAUGUGUAAUGAAGUGAUUCAGGAUUUCCAAGCUUCAGUACUCCAGGUGUCUGAUUCUUCAUAUGAUGAACAAGUGGCUGCACAGAUGCCCAGCGUUCAUUAUGAGUUUCCUAAUGGCUAUAACUGUGAUUUUGGGGCUGAGCGACUAAGAAUUCCCGAAGGCUUGUUUGAUCCUUCCAAUGUUAAGGGUUUAUCUGGAAACACAAUGCUGGGUGUCAGUCACGUGGUAACCACGAGCGUUGGAAUGUGUGACAUUGAUAUUAGACCGGGUUUAUAUGGCAGUGUGAUUGCAGCAGGUGGAAACACAUUGAUACAGAGCUUUACAGACCGUUUGAACAGAGAGCUCUCCCAGAAAACUCCACCAAGCAUGCGGUUGAAGUUAAUGGCCAAUAACACCACAGUAGAACGCAGAUUUAGCUCCUGGAUUGGUGGCUCUAUUCUAGCUUCUUUGGGUACAUUCCAGCAGAUGUGGAUCUCCAAGCAGGAAUAUGAAGAAGGAGGGAAGCAAUGUGUUGAAAGAAAAUGCCCUUAAACUUAAAGAAAUUAGUUGUGGCUACAUUACCUGUGAAGGUUUUACAACUGUGUCAUUUUUUCUCCCGAGUAGGAUUCUCAGGAACAGUGCUAAACCUCUUGUGUACACAUUUUUCAUGGGUUUCUUUGUAUAGUGGCCAGAUACUAAUGUAUAUUUUUUAAAGGUUUUUUAAAACUGUUCAGCCAAUUUUAUUGAUCAACUGGGUCCCCAAAGACACAAUACAUUUAUAAACUGUUUCAAUUUAUUAUUUGCAUUAGAUGCAAAUCAUGCCAUGUUCAGGUAAUACCAAAUAUGUCACACUAGUGAUAUUUUUUUAAACCCUGGUUAUGUUUUGUACACACUGUAGAUUAACAGUUUAUCUUGUGCCUUUUAUUAAAUCAGUUGUUUACACAUCAACCGAAAGUUAUUCCAGAAGGAACAGUGGGAUAAACUUACCUGCAAUAGUCCUUAAUUACCUGCAACUACUGUUAUAAAUGUACAAUUUGUACUGUGCACUUCAGAACAAAUUCACAUGGAAUGUUUAAAUUAUGCAAUUCUGUUGUAUACAGACAAUAAAACAUCUUUUACCCUUUA